UUUCACUUGACCUAUAAUUAUCGUCACUUCUGCUUGAACAACGCUAGGUGAAAUCGUGAGGUGAAUUAGAGAGAACAUUUGCACGGCAGCCCACGAAGGAGAAACAUGAACGAUAUUCUUAGGAAAAUCUGCAUCUUUUGUGCCGCGCUUGUUGUUGCCUCCGGCCUGCAGUGUUAUGUGUGUGACAGCGCAGGGAGCGAGUUCUGUGGGGCAAAUGUCAACACAGAGAGGAUUAAGCCCGUAGAAUGUGAUGACGAGAACGUAAAAUGUGGGACACAAAUACAAGAUCCUGCAGAAGACGGCUGGGUUGGUGUGAUGAGAGUCUGUUACCCCCUAGGAUCUCUACCCAGGAUGAAUGAAACCAAUGGAUGUCACCAGUGGAGCAACAACAAUUUUACAGCGCGUUUCUGUUUUUGUGAAACUGAUGGAUGCAACAGUAAAAUAUAGAAAGAAUUGAAACACUCAAUUGUGAUGAUACCCCUCAUAUCAGCCUUGGGCAACGAUGUAACUUAAUAAAUAUGAAUAAAUAGAAAUUGAAGUUGA